AUGGAGUUGAUUUCUCUUCCUCUAGUUCUCGUGCUGAUUUCAAACAUCCACUCUGGACAAACUGAAGAGAGCCCUAAACCCGUAGUGAGUGUUGAUCCUGACAAACAGCUGUUCAGAGGAGAAACUGUUACUCUGAGAUGUGACAUACAGGAUACAGGAGACACUGAGUGGACAUACAGCUGGACUGUAGAGAAGACAAAUAACAGAAAUAUAAUCACACAAUGCAACACACAAGAGUGUAAAAUCAACAACAUUCAUCACACUGACAGUGGUAAAUACACUUGUAGAGGAAAGAUACGUGGACAAAACACUGAGAUGAGUGAUGCUGUUACACUGACUGUAUCAUCAGAUAAACCACAGACAGUUUUAAGUGUUUCUCCACAGCAGUGGUUGACUGAAGGAGAUUCAGUGACUCUGAUGUGUGAGGUUAUAAAUUCAUCUACAGGCUGGACAUUCAGCUGGUUCACUGUACAGAGUCCCUCCUCAGUGAAUAAAUAUGAUUAUGAGCUGGUGUCAAACAGCGGUGGAGGAUCUAAAGGCAUCUACACAGUGAGUUCAGUGACUGUGAAGCACACAGGAGUUUAUAUGUGCAGAGCAGAGAGAGGAGAUCCAGUCUAUCACACAGAGUACAGUAACACACAAACACUGUGGAUCACUGGUGUUUCUCGUUCAGUCUCUCUGAUCAUCAUACCCGACAGAUCUCAACACUUCUCAUCUGAAUCUCUCUAUCUGAGCUGUGAGGAUCACAGUAAAUCUACUGGAUGGACAGUGAGAAGAUACACAGACAAACUGAAACCUUGUUCAUCAUCAGACUGGAGAUCUACAGAAACAACAUCUACAUGUACAAUCAGAUAUCCCGGGACAUCUGAUACUGGAGUGUACUGGUGUCAGUCUGAAUCCGGAGAGAAACUUCAUCCUGUUAAUAUCUCAGUACACUAUGUUGGUGUGAUUCUGGACAGUCCUGUUCAUCCUGUGACUGAAGGAGAUCCUCUGACUCUACACUGUUUAUAUCGAUAUAAAAAACCCUCUAACCUGAGAACUGAAUUUUAUAAAGAUGGAUUUCUAUUGCAGAGUCAGACUACAGGAGACAUGAUGAUCAUCCCUACAGUCUCAAAGUCACAUGAGGGUUUCUACUACUGUAAAUACCCAGAGAGAGGAGAGUCUUCAAAGAGCUGGAUCUCACAUCAUGUUUUUGAUCUUUUUCUUGCUCCUGCUGUGGUGGUACAACAACAACAAAAACUCUCAGUCUCCCUCAGCUGUCAGUCAACAGCAGAACAUCAGUCAGACAUCAGAUCAGAAACAGACUGAAGAUGUUUACUGUCCAUUGC